AGUUUGCCACUGUGCUAUACCGGCAACUGGCGGAGUGUUGGCUUCGUCAAAUUUUGUUAUCCUAAAUAACGUAUAAUUAGAAAGACUAUUCUAUAAUAUAUCAUUAUGGGUGAUCAACAAUAUUCACAGUAUCCUGCUGGUCAAGCUGGAUAUUCUUAUGGAAGUUAUGGUGGAGAUGCUUCUUAUUCUCAAAGUGGUUAUGGAGGAUCUAGUGCAGGAGCAUAUACUGGAUCAACCUCAACAAAUUGGGGUGGCUCUGCAGCUCCUUCAGGUAAUGCAGCUUAUGGAUCCUAUGGUGCUGAUCAGUAUGGAUCCAGCCAAUCUCAGCAGUACAGCUAUGGUCAGCAACCAGCUGCCUCUUCUUAUUCUGCUGGAAGCUAUUCUGCUUCUGCUCCUCAAAGUCAGUCUGCUUAUUCUGGUUCCCCAGGUUAUGGCUCUUACGGUGGAUCAGCUCCUACGGGUUAUGGUAGUCAACCUCCUAGUGGUGGUGUAGGUUCAUCUGCAGCACCUCCAACUCCAGCAUAUAGUGCAGGAGCACCAUCAACUGGAGCAUCAUCUGCUCCUCCUGUUGGGGGUCCACCAGCACAAGGACCGCCUGGUCACAGCAUGCCUCCACCUCCUGGUGGAUAUGGUGGUCCACCUCCUGGUAAUGAUUACAAUCGUCCUCCUGGUGGAUAUGGUGGUCCUGUGCCCCCAGGUGGACCUGGACCUAUGGGUGGUGGACCUGGUGGAGAUUCAUAUGGCGGUCCACCAAUGGGUGGCUAUGGUGGUGGACCUGGAGGUGGAAGAGGUGGGUUCCAAGGAGGCCCUGGUGGAUUUGAUCGAGGUAGCCGUGGAGGCGGAGGUGGUGGUUUUGGUAACCAAGGUCCUGGCCGCGGAGGUUUCAACAAAGGUGGUAGAGGCGGUGGCUACUCUUACAAUGGUGGCGGCGGCAACAAUUAUGGAGGUGAGGAAAUACAGGAUACAGUUUUUGUGUCUGGACUUCCUGAGGGUGUUCGCGAGGAUGAGCUUUCAAAUUAUUUUGGAGCAAUUGGCGUAAUUAAAAUGGAUAAGAGAACUGGAAAGCAAAGGAUUUGGAUUUAUAAGGAUAAAAUCACAGGUAAAGGUAAAGGAGAAGCUACAAUCACUUAUGAUGAUCCUCCUACUGCAAGCUCUGCUAUAAAUUGGUUUGGAGGUAAAGAUUUUCAAGGCAAAAAGAUCAAUGUUCAAUUAGCCCAGCGUAAAACUCAACCAUUUGGUGGUGGACCUGGUGGAGGCGGCGGCCGUGGUCGAGGUGGAGGAGGCCGUGGUGGCGGAGGCAGAGGAGGUGGUGGUCGAGAUGAUGGCGGACGAGGAGGAGACAGAGGAUCUGGUGGCUCUGGCAGGGAAGGCGAUUGGAAAUGCAUGAAUCCUGAGUGUGGUAAUAAUAACUUCUCAUGGAGAGUAGAAUGCAAUAGAUGUCAUGCUCCAAGACCUGAAGGUGUUGGGGGUGGUGCACCACCAGAGGGUGGUUCCCGAGGAUUUGGAGGUGGCGGCAGUGGCCGUGGUGGUAUGAGAGGCGGAAGAGGUGGUGAUCGUGGAGGUCGAGGAAGAGGUGGACCACCUGGAAUGGGUGGUCGAGGUGGAUUUGGGGGCGGCGGCCGAGGUGGGCCAGGUCGUGGAGGACCUAUGAGAGGCGGACCUGGUGGAGAUAGAAGAUCGAAACCAUACUAGUUCUUAAUUACAGACUUAAUCUUUUUAUGAAGAUUGAAUUUCUUCAUCAAAUGGACUUUAAAGUUUUGCAUCUGUCAUUCUCAUGGACUUAUCAUUUCAUAUAAAUUUUAAUAAAGUGUAAAUGUUUCUUAAGUUUUGUUCUCCAUUUCAUAAUCAUGUGUAUUUGUCAAUAAAAUCAUUGCUGUUGAAAA